ACUUUAGAAAUUAUAAUGUCUAGUACUGGAGAAGAAAGCACCGUUGCUGAUAAGGCAUUCGAGGCCGGAAAGAAGGCUGCUACUGCUGUGGGAUCUGGAAUUAAGAAGGCCACCAAUUACGCAGCCGAAUCUAUUAGCGCAACCAAAGGAGCUACGCUCGUUAAAGUUAUGCGUAUUAUGGAUGUUAUUCUCGGUGCAGCUCUCAUUCUGACGUAUCCGAUUGAUAUAUUAACGGGGUCCAUUAAACUUGAGCUUGUAACGAUCUUUAUGUUCAUCUAUUGCGUCUGCUUCUCGCUUCUGCUCAUCUUCUUCGAGAUCGGUCUUGGCAAGUAUGAGGCCUAUAUCAAGAAGUACUUCGGUUUCAUUUACUCCUACAUGGGUCGUACUGUCUUCCUUCUCUUCACCGUGGCCAUGGUGUUCGGUGGCAAGAAGAUCAACGCAGACGGUUCUGUAUCGGACAGCAUGUGCGUUCUGAACAUCAUCGUGGGAACCAUCGGUAUCAUCAUCUGCCUGUUCGACUUCUUCGUGGUGUGCAACCACCCUGCUUUCAAGAAGGGCGGCGAGUUCUACAACGCUGGAGUCGAGGGAGCUGAAGAAGAAGCCCCGCAGAAGAAGCCCACCGAGAUGAUGCAGAAGGAGACGAAGAAGGCUCCGGUGUCGACGUACGAAAGCAAUCCGUUCGAGUCUUCGGAUGACGAUGAUAUCCCGUCCGCCAGUGUGCCCGGGGCCAAGAAGUCGCCCAAGAGCCCCAAGAAGUCGCCCAAGAAGGCCAAAAAGCAGGAUGACAAUCCGUUUGAGGAUGAUAAUCCUUUUGACGAUUAAUUGCUGUGUCAUGUUUC